AGCGCCGUUCGCCGCCGCCGUCGCUAUACACGCUACGGUUUUAAUAUAGCGGAGGAACGCGCGCGAUCCAGACUCAGUUACGCGGCGGCCGGCCACCCGUGCGAGAGCGUAUCGUUUUCUUGCGAAACGUGCCCGCGCUGUUUUUCACUUUCUUUCUCUCUCUCUUUAUCUCUGUCUCCUCGCUAUUUCUCUCAGUUCUACUUCCUUUCUCUUUCGUUCUUAACCGCGAUCAACGCCGGUACAACACUCGUCGCGGUGUUAUUUCUUUCGAUCCGUGUCUAAGAAAAAAAAAAGAAAAAAAGAAAAAGAAAAAAAAAGAAAGAGAAAAAGGAUUGUGCAUCGAGUUUUCGUGUGCAAACGGAACGGUGGAUAAUCGUGAGACAGAGCGUGUCAAGUGCGAGGAAACCAGGGUUUACGUACCCUGAGAAGAAAGGAAGGAAGAAAGGAAGGAAGGAAGGAAGAAAGGAAGGAAGGAAGGAAGGAAGGAAGAAAAGGUGGUGUAGUCAAGGACGUUUGUGUUUGAGUUUCGCGUGACCAACGAAAGAGAGGGAGAUUAUUGGCGCGUUUCGAACACGCGUGGUUCCGCGUGUUACGGGACUCGGUGUGUCCUCGCGAUACGUUCUCCGGCAGCAACUCCGUUGAAUCCGUGAUUUCGCCAGUAAGAAGAUCUAUUUUGAGGAAGAGAGGAAGAGUGCACGGCGUGCCGAUGCCGAAAGGAUUCGUCGACAGGAUCGACUGGAACAAUUUUACGAGAAUUUCGGAGAACAUCACGACGUUGACAGUGACAACGAUGUCACCGUUUGGGACGGAGGAGCGAUAAAUUUUGGAAGGAACGCGGGAAAAAUAUAACAGGAUUCUGCAUGCGAGAAGUGUUCGAGCUCCUCGGUGGAGUGCUGACCUCCGAAGACGUAUUCCGGAAGGAUUCGUCUAGCCCUACGACAACGCAGACAGGGCAACUUCAUUCGCCGAACGGCGACAGCGAUAACAGCAACGGUAGCCAACGUGCGGUGGCUAUUACGCGGAACGACGUAGAGCAACAGCAACAGCCACAUCGGCAGCGGCAUCAACGGCAGCAAGCGGCAGCUACCGUUCCAGUUCUCGCCUGCACGAAUCAAUCUUCUACAACCCCGACGACAACCGCGUUCACGGUGGCGUCAAGUAUGCUUCUUCUACAGACACAGAGCCCCUUCGGAUGCAGUACCCUGGCGGAUUUGUUAAGCGCUUCGUACACGGAUCCAACGGAUGCUGGAAGCCUACCCGAGGAGUUGGACCCGUUUCCAGAACUGCAGCUGGGAAAUCCGCAGGGAGUGCCGACGGGCGACGAGUCGGCCCAGGCCCAGCAACAUCAUCAGCAGCCACCUCAGCCGCCUCAGCCGGCAGCGCCGCCACUUCCCGAGGACGUCCAGCCUGACUCGCUCAGUUCAACGCCCUUGCCGAGCUUCCAAGAGACAUACACGGCUCAACGAUACACCAGGCAGGAGCUUCAGGUUCUCGGGAUCAAAAUGGACGAGGGGGAGUGUUACGACAACUCGGUGUAUCCGUGCGCAACCGGCCCCUACCCAACCGAGUUCUCGCCCACGUUGCCCUACCACGAGCAACAGCCCCAGCAACAGCAUCACCAUCAUCCCCAGCAGCAGCAGCCCGCGCCGCCCCCGCCGCAGCAGCAUCACCAUCAUCAGGGUUACUUCGCGACCGAGACGGCCCCAACUCCGACCACGGCGGUCCCCUCGCCGGCCAAUCAUCGGCAAGACUCGCCGUACGCCGCGGCGGUCAGCGUCCCCAUGGUGUACGGUCCACCGCCGAGCAUCGCGGGUGGUGCCACCCCCGUUGCACCGACCGACAUUUACCCCACCGUCGACAACGUGGUCGUAGGGACGACCCGUUCACGGAGGGCGUCUCUACCCACGCAGAGGUCAGAGUCUGCGAGUAGUGGGAGCACGGAAUCCCCGAAGGCGCGCGGUGGCAGCGGUGGCACAGGGAGCUCCGUCAGCUCUCCAUCGCCUGGAAGUGGAACCAGCAACGAGCGAGCACCGCCGAGCCCCAGCCAACUUUGCGCCGUGUGCGGCGACACGGCAGCGUGUCAACACUACGGCGUUCGUACCUGCGAGGGUUGCAAAGGAUUUUUCAAGAGGACCGUGCAAAAGGGCUCGAAAUACGUGUGUUUGGCCGAGAAAGCUUGCCCCGUUGACAAACGCCGGCGGAAUCGUUGCCAAUUUUGUCGCUUCCAGAAGUGCUUGAUGGUCGGAAUGGUGAAAGAGGUGGUGAGGACGGAUUCCUUGAAAGGUCGGCGAGGUAGAUUACCAUCGAAGCCAAAAUCCCCUCAAGAAUCACCACCGAGCUCGCCGGUCUCCCUGAUCACAGCUUUGGUCCGCGCACACUUGGACACGACACCCGAUCAAGCAACCUUGGAUUACUCGCAAUACCGGCAACCCAGUCCUGGCGAUCCACCCAUCACAGAGGCAGAAAAGACGCAACAAUUCUACAAUCUUCUUACCACGUCCAUCGACGUGAUUCGAACGUUUGCCGAUAAAAUUCCCGGCUUCACGGAUUUGGUGCGAGAAGAUCAGGAGUUACUUUUCCAGUCGGCCAGUCUGGAACUGUUCGUUCUUCGAUUGGCGUACCGUACGAAACCGGAGGACACCAAGCUGACGUUUUGCAAUGGCGUGGUCCUGGCGUUGGAACAGUGUCAGCGUAGCUUCGGCGAUUGGCUCCACAGUAUUCUCGAAUUCAGCAAAGCUCUUCACAUUCUCGACGUAGACGCUAGUGCUUUCGCUUGCCUCUGCGCCCUUACCCUCAUUACUGCAAGGUACGGCCUGAAGGAGCCUCAUCGCAUGGAGCAGCUACAGUCGAAAAUAAUAUCGUCUCUUCGCGAUCACGUCACCUAUAACGCCGAGGCGCAGAGGAAAGCGCACUACCUGUCCCGUUUGUUAGGUAAACUACCGGAACUGAGGAGUCUGUCCGUGCAGGGGCUCCAGCGUAUCUUUUACCUAAAACUGGAGGAUCUGGUUCCAGCGCCACCCAUGAUCGAGACGAUGUUCGUCGGUAGUCUACCGUUUUAAUCGCCUUUCAAUCGAGCCAAGCCUAAGGCUGCGUAUUCGUCGCGUAGAACAAUUCAUCCUUGAGAUCUUGUGCGGUUGCGUUACUACUCGAUUAAGUUUCCUUAAGUUUUCUUACGCGUGUACGUAGGUUCUACCAUCUUCUUGCGUGUAACCCUUGUAUGGUUUUCGCACGAGUGUCGACGCGCGAAUCGUCACCUUAAGAGGGGUACAAACGAAGAGAGAGAGAGAGAGAGAGAGAGAGAGCGGAUGAGAAGUCCUGUCGAAGAUUCUGUCUCUCUCGAGGCUGACGUCUCCGCGUCUGGAUGUUUUAGCGAAAUAUAUAGAUGCGUGUGUGCGGAUGGAGCAUCGUGCCGCAAGUGGACGUUGGAGUGGAUGCACGCGCGAAUGGACGAGCCGGAAGACGUUGGUUUGUCGCUAAAUUUAAGACAAAGUUCCCUGUGCGUGUAUGGAUGAGAGACGGGUGGAUGAACGGGGCGCGUGUCUUCGUGAUGUGUCAGCGGGCAGAUGUGACUGCCCGACCUGACAACUGUUACUAUUGUUACUAUUAUUAUUACCGCUAUUACUAUUUUAACAGUGUACGAUGUAAUAACUAUUCUUGCUAUCGAAAGUAUCGACGCCCGAGCGAUUGAAGGUGGAACCCGGUUUCUCGGCGGAUUCUCGGGGAGGGGGUGGCUUCUCUCGGAGGAGGAACCUGCGGCAGCUUGAAACAAACGUUGGAUUUCCCUUUUCGCGAGAGAGAGAGAAAGAGAGAGAGAGAGAGAAACGAGCGUGUUUCGUUAUGCGUCGUCCCAAAAGGCGUCGUACGAUACGUAUGGGAUGAUUAAUCACGACGUGGUGGUUCUCGUCGACUGGUAAUAUUAAGUGCUACGCUAUAUAUUCUCGCAAAAUAUGCACAAAAGGAACGAAAAGAAAGAAAGAAAGAAAGAAAGAAAAAAUAAUAACGACGAUAUAUACCAUUAUACCGUUAUACACGUACAUUAUACGUACAUUAUCGUACACAUGAAUUUUUAUCACUUUUCUACCUACUUUGUAUAAGUCGCUACAUCAACGAACAAAAAAAAAAAAAAAACUACGUUUCUUUCAUCGCUCGUGCCGCAACGAUCGUCCUCGAGGAUCCGCUCGAUCGGGAUUAAUUUCUCUUCUUUCAGUGCAGAAACAAACCGUGUUACUUACUCACUUACUUACUUGUUAUAGUGGAAGAGAAGGAAGAGAGGUGCAUUGACGAUUCGCAACAUAUCAGAGCAACGACGGAAGAGCGGAGACAAGAUAUCACGAAUACAUUACACACGUGCUAAUUCAUAUUCCUCCAUUCAUCCUUGGUCCUAUCACCCCUUCCCUUCCCCCUCCCUUCGUGUAAAUCAAUUUCGCUCUUCCGACAGUUGACAGUUUAGAUAUACGUAGGUCGUGACUGUGAUCACACUCGAACGUAGCGAUGAUGCUAAAAGAAAAAAAAAAAAAAAAAAAAAGAGAAAAAAAGAAGGGAAAAAAAAAAAAUUCUCACUUAGAAUUCUCCGCAUUCCCCUAUCUCCCUCCCUCCCUCCCUCCCUCCCUCCCUCCCGAUUCUCUGUACUCGUAUUCAUUCGUAACUCGUAUCCUUCGGCUUACUAGCUUCAUCGAUCCGAGGCCAAUAGGUGCUCUCUAGCUUCCCUUCCUCUUGACCCUCGAUCGCAUGGAAUUUAGUAUCAUUGGAAACGUGUGAGUGUCUUCCAAGUCACGUGGUCGGGACCCGUUUCGGUCCGAACAAUUACCACACUAUAUUCUUGCGUUAAUGUGAUUUUAGACAGCUAAGGGAGAAGAAGUAUGAGGUAGGGCCCGAAUCAGGCCGAUUCGGCUGCGCGAUCCGCGUCCGAAGACGAGUAAUCGAGAGAGAGAGAGAGAGAGAGAGAGAGAGAGAGAGAGAGAGAGAGAGAAAGAGAGAAAGAAGCGAAGAGUAGAAUUCGUCGAGUUUCGCAUCCACCGACCGAUCGGCAGCGGCUUCGUUACGGGCCCGGCAUAAAGUUACCUAUUACGUUAUGACAUUUAUUUUUAAUCAAACUAACGUAGAAAAUCCUAUUUAUACGUAUACCGCGCCGCUAUUACUACUUAUACUAUUACUUGCUACUUAAUUACUUAAUAUUAAUUAACUACUACUUACCGCUAGCGUUACGAUCUUAUAGCGUUACUUGUCGCUACUACCGCUGUUACCAUCCGCUACCUUUUUAUUACCACCUUUGUGUUACCAUUAAUUAUUGCUAAAUGCGUAAGAAACAUGAUCGACGUUAAAACACUUCUUCGCCGCUGCAAUAUCAAGAAAGAAGAUAUAUAUAUAUAUAUAUAUAUAUACAUAUAUCCUUUGGAUAUAGAGAGAGAAAAAAAAAACUAUCAAUUCUGGAACGGAUUGCACUGACUCGCGACUCCAAGCAAGGAAAUAAAUAGAUGGAAGGAUCCAUCUAUGAUACCAUCUCGAGGAAUGUAUCGGAUUGAUAAGUGAUCAAGGAAUCGUUGGGUUGACGCAAUCUUUCCAUCACGGGCACCCUUAUCAAAUGGCAACCCUAACUGUUCGGCAAUAAUACUUUCCUCUUUUAUGUGUAUAUCACUUGUCAACGUUAAAAGUACAGCCCAGUAAACCCGAUCCAACGGAUACAGCGUUUACGUCACACGAUUACAUUAAAUCUCUUAGUGCACCUAAUUUCAGAAAGGCACAAAUCCACGUGGCGAUCCGCCAUUUCGUGAAUCUUUUAACUUAUCGAGAGGCAGAAAACACGAUACAUAAUUAAUGUGCACAAUAGAUAUAAAAUAAUUAUAUGUGUAUAUGUUAUACUCGCCGUGUGUAUCCGCAAAUGUUCAAUGCUUCAAUCAAGGAAAUAGAGGAUUCGAUCAUUCUCGAUUUUCCUCGUUCGAUUUCUGCGCAACCAUAGUUCCUUCUAAAAAAAUCGAGCUUCGUCUCUUUUUUUUUUUCUAUUCCUUUUCUUUCUUUUUCUUCUUCUUCUUCUUCUUCUUCUUCUUCUUUUUCUUUUCUUUUUCCUCCUCUCUUAACAUCGUUUUCGAUCCAUUGUUUAUUCGGUACCGUUUCUUGCGUAAGAGUUAUCGAUCCCUUAGUAGCCAUGUAAGAGCUUCCGUUUAACGAUCUCUCUCGUUACGGAAGAAUACACGGAGAAAAGAGUGAUAAACGUGAUCAAGCUCAACAUUGAAUCGACCUUCGAGCAGAUUUAACGUAAUUCAAGUUUUCAAAUGAACGCUCGCGAUUAAGUCGCGCGAGUAAGUAACGAUUAACAAACAACACUUUUCCCCGUGUAAAAAUCGUGCUUCAACUUGGCGUUGGCCACGUGUGUGAAAACGUUUGCGGAUGGAUACGAUCGCAGAUGUUCGGUGAAACGGAAGAACAAUAUAAUGCCCGGCAAGAAAGCAAGGUACAAGUAAUCCGAAAAGGGGGCACGAACAAUCUCGUGUUCCCGUUUUCGAAAAUUAGGAUAACGCGAUAGGAAGCGGACGAUCUCCAAUUCGUCGAUUUUCUUUUAAAAUUCUCGUCAAUUCCCGUUGGAUCAAUGCGAUCAAUGCGUCCUUUCCGAGGAAGCGUCCGAAUUGAUCCGUACUUUUGAUCCACAUACUUUUCGGAUUACACGUCAGGGAAAGAAUAAUCGUACGUUUCCUUCGUGUGCGUAUAGCGUACAUGCAUCGAGUCCAGAAGAGAUUUAGAGGCUGAAAAGGAAUUCGUCAAAUUAAUACGGUGCUAUUAGGCUAAUUGUGAUUAACGAACGCUUAAUGAAUUCGAGAGUACUUAAGUUUCUUGUCCCGUUGCAUUCAGACAACGGGGGAAGAAUAUUUUUGUUCCUAUUACUUAAGAAAAUUAAAGGAAGCAUCGCGAAAAGUUUCCAAUCCCCUAUUGGAGUGGAAACGAUUUUAUCUCGUGAUUGACGUUCUCCGAUUACGAAUCCAUCAGAUCUUUCCUGGACUCAACGCUGAUCGGCGUUGCAUUGUUUCUUUUUUUUUUUUUUUUUUUUUUUUACGAUGCCACUUACGUGUAAAAAAGCGCGCGCGCUUUCCCCGCGAUUCAGGGGGAAGUGAUUAGAACAAGAAGAAAUUCAAGAAAAUGAUCAAGCAAUCGUAGAUUUAAAGAAAGAAAAGGAGACAAGAGAAAAGCGAAACAGGAUGAAAUAAAAAAAGAAAAAAAAAAACAAACAAAAAAAAAACAAGGGAAUCUCGGAUCGUUCGAACGUAGAAAUAUCUCGAAUGAAGAACGAGGUCGUAGUAUUGUUGUUACUUAUUAAUUGUCAUCGCUGUAAAACGAAAAAAAAAAAAGGCCAAUUCCAUUAGGUGUAUUUUAUCCUCUUCCCUCGAUGUAAUAAUAAAUGUUCAAUCAACGGAUGAUUUCACUUUUUUUUUUUUGAGUCGUCUUUUUUUUUUUUUCAUUUUGGAAAAAUAAAAUUGAAUGUUGCAAUGUGGUACGUUCGAUUUUCUGCGCGAAUCGCGGAUGUCUAUAAUCGAGGAGUUCGAAAUCGGAACUCGUUCCCUUUCCGUCCAAAUUAUAUGAUAGAAAAUUUCCAUCUUCGCAAUCGAGCGUUGUAUCGUUUCUCCUUCCCUGAUCGGAUUUUAUAAAAUUAUAUAACGAGAAAAAAGAAAGAAAGAAAAGAAAAAGAAGAAAUAAAUAAAUAAAUAAAUGGCAGACUCUCUCGUUUUCGUGGACGGACGUUUCUACAACGAUCGAUCUGUACUUUGCCGUACGAAUAUCCGCGGAUACAGUUAUGUACACUACUUGCACGAUUACAAAGCACGUACCGGAAGUGAUAGAUAUUGCACCAAAAAUAAAUGAAUAAAUUUAUACACGCCCAAUGUAUCCGCGCGAUCUGCGUUGGUCAAAUAAAUCUGUCGGUCAUCAAGCACGUCGAAAGGAUUCGUAAGAUAUAGAAUAGGAGAGCAAGCAGGGAGGAAGUAGAGCAGGGCAGAAGGGAAGUAAUGGAAAUAUGGAAAGGCAAAAUGGAAGUAAUGGAUAAAAAAAUAAUGCCGAUCAAUAAUAAUGUCGAUGUGUAUUGACGGCCGUACAAUUGAAAAGGAGGUGCGAAUUAUUGAAAUCGAUCGAUAAUUCGCCGUUAAUUUAAUCAAGUACAAUCUGUGUUCUCCUUGCAAUUUGUUCAUCAACGACAAUAAAAGGAAUUGCAAGGGAAGUUUCCCGACCACCGGCCUUUUCACCCCUACGACCGUCGAUAUUUAGCAACACCGUUCUAACAUUACGUUCUAUUAACAAUUUGUAAAAUAUUCUAAAAUAUUCAAGAUGUUUUACAAUGCGCGCACAUUCACGAAACCUUUUUCCGCGGCCUGAUUCAAUGUAAUUUUGUGCCGAAUCACAUACAGUUCCCUCUCGCUUGAUUAAUAUAUGUAGCCAUAUAUAUGUAUAUUUAUAUAUAUAUGUACAUAUUUAUAUACAUAUAUAAUGCAUAUACAUAAUAUAUGAUACGAUAUAAUAUAAUAUAAAAUGAUAUAAUAUAUAAUUAUUAUUAUUAUUAUAUAUAUAUAUAUAUACUUAUAAAUAUAUAAAUAUAAUGAAAUAAUAUAAAUAAAUAAAUAUAUUAUAUAUACUUUCGAUAUGCGAACGAGAAAGCAAUUCAAAGGCAUGACGUGAGAAAAACAAAAAAACACAUUGCGACCAUUAUAUUUUAUAAAUAAAAGAAAAAUUGAUAUGUGAUAUAGAUGGUAAGGCACGCGGACAAUGCGUUGCGAUGCAUUACGAAAGCAAAUGUAUUCUGUAUAUCGUUUCAUUAAAUCUAUUAAA